AUGGUCUUGAAUGAAGGCAAGCCAACGGAGCCGGAAGGGUUGACGAUCGAGGCAUGGGCGGAAGGGUACAGAGAAUCAAUCGUCGAGGACGUCGAGCUGACUCUCACAGUGGUCGGGUCUCUCAUCGUAAUGGCCUGCGUGACCGUUGCGAAUAUGCGCCGUGGAGUUUUGCUGCACAAAUUGAUCUUGAUAGAGCUGAUCUUUGGCACAUUCAUGGGGACUGUCAUUUUUACCAACCCGCCUACAUAUCACUGGUAUCUGAGCGCAACCGCCAUCCCGCUAAACACCAGCUGGUCUUUGCACAACGUGAUUGCCUGGAUCAAGAAUAAGCCAUUCCUCAGUCGACGAGCGAGCCUCUUCUACAUCAUCACCGUGGCCCUGGCUCAGCCGUAUUGGGUGGUGGAGAUUGUUGCGAAUUGGCUAUAUUUUGGCGGAUGGAGCAACAUGUUUGUGCACACUCGUCCAUUCGAGGCCUUGUUCCGGGAUCCGUGGUGGGUCUUCACCAUCUGCAGCCUGUUUUGGAAUAUCAAGUCUCGAUAUGAGUUUGGCUACCUGGAACUCAUCCUCGUCUCCCCUCGGUUCGGCGUGCUGCUCGGCGCCAUGAUCCUGUCCAUCUGCUUCACGAUUCUCGACAUCCUCGCGGUGACGCGGGUGAUUUCCGGCUCGGGCUUGCCUGAUGGUAUCAAUCCUUUUUGGAAAUUGUCGUUUGUGUUCAAAUGCUUGACGGACACUAUCGUGCUCGACGAUUUCAAGACGGCGCUUGACCGUUUGAAGCGAUACAAGCUUUCGCAGCUUGGUGGGACAUUCAGCAACAACUACUCGGAAGACUUUGCAGAUAUGGCCCGAGACAGUGGGAAGAAGAGCGAUCAGCCUGCUGCCGCCGUGACACCGGGAUCUCAUGUGGAAAGAGCGAAGAACCAGGCGGCCAACGCCGACGGCAAGCUUGAUAUGCAAAGCGCUCUACGGUUGGAUUCUCUGCAGUAUGAUGACCUUCCCGACUUGGAAAAGGGGUGA